AUGGAUAAGUUGGGAUUUGUAAGCUUAACUGUCUGGAGCAUGAAAACAUGGAAGGCUAUGACGGUCCUUCCCCUUGGUGAAGAUCCUCCGGCAAUUACUUCCUUAUGCUUCAACCAUAACGGGAAGAUUUUAGCAGCUGCUACAACUGAUGGAAUGAUUCAUAUGUUCGAUAUGUCUGUCGGACUACAAAUUACUGGGUGGCCGGCUCAUGAUUCUGCUAUUAGCUCUGUUCUUUUUGGGCCUGAUGAGACAAGUAUUUUUAGCUUGGGGAUAGAUGGAAAGAUAUUUGAAUGGAGCUUGCAAAACCAAGGUAAAAUUCUUUGGUCAAGAAAUUGCAGCAGGUUCUGUAAUCGUGAUAACUCUGAACAUAGACAUGAAAUGGCUUUAGAUGCUAAUGGGAAGAGACUGCUGGCAACAUCUGGUUCAGUGAGAGCACCCAUCUAUCAGGGGUAGUCUAUACCGCCUCAUCCAUAGGGCAGAUGCUGGUGAAGUUUACCUUGUUGACGCGUACGACAAAGAGAGAUUUGCAGAGGCCAGAAAGGAGUUGGAUGCCCUACAUAAAAAAGAACAACAAUACUCAACCUUGUUAACACCAGAUGUUCUUUUUUUUUAAAUUGAUGCUGAUUAUGUUAAAUUUUUGUUGGAAUGAAUUGUUUUUUGGUUUUUGGGGUUUAGAAUAGGGUUUUGUGAAUCGUUCCUUGUUUUUGGAAUCAAUGUUGCUGCUACUGAGUUAUGUGUUGAAACUUGGAUAUAGAAAAUUUUAUAAUAAAACCUGUUUUGAUUAUGAAUUCGUCCUGUUUUGAUUA